AUGGAGAACACAUUCUUAGAUGAAGAGGUUUAAGAUCUUAAUACAUGGGACGAGUAUUCAAAUCAAAUAAUCUUCCCUUCUCCUCUUUUGUUGGGUCGUCCUUCUCCAAGAAUUAAAUACAUUCAAGAGGAUUUUUCAUUACUUCAGCUACCGUUUUAAUCUGACACUAUAGAUGAGGAUCAAGAUCUCAAUAAUUCCCUUGAACCUGUAUAAAGAAUGCUUAAAAUGACCAAAAAAAUAGAGAAAAAAACAAACAAGUUUAAAAAAUAAUCAAAAUCAAAAAAUCCUAUCUUAAAUGCUGCACGAGAUUUCUUUUCUUAAGUCAAAUAAAGCAAUCCAAAUCAACAAAUCUAACAAUUCUAAUAGAUGAAGUAAUUAAUUGAUAACUUGGAAGGAAUCUUAGGACAAGUGAAAAAUCAACUUCUAAUCUAAGUCUAAUAAAAAGGAUCUCGAGUAUGA